AGCAAAUACCAACCAUCACCUCUCUUUCUUUUCUCUCUUCACCAUUACCCUACAAUUAUUUUCUUGGGAAAGUGAAGAGAGGAAAAUUCUUCAAAGUGUUGCAAUGAACAACAAAGGAGGUAAAGGAGCUGCAGGAGGAGAUCAAUCAUCAAACUGGAUGCUUGAUAGGGUCGAAAUCGAUAGAAUGAUGGAUAUUCCAAUUCAUGAUCAAGAACCUAAAAACUCUAAUAAAAAUAAUAAGCAGGGCAAAUAUUCAGGUAAUCUUGGAAAGAUGACGAGCAAUAAUUUUAGAGCAGGUUCAAGUAAUAUUGGUGCAUCCCUUAGAAGGACUACAAGUUCUUUUGGAGAAUCUAUAAUGAGAACCACAAGUAAUGCUUUAAAGAAAAGUGGGGUUAUGUCUAACACUCCUGCUCGCCGGAAGCAGCAGAAAAUUGAAAGAACAGCUUCCUCCGCCGCCAGAGGGCUUAAAAGCCUUAGGUUUCUUGAUAGAACAGUAACAGGAAAAGAAAUGGAUGCAUGGAGGUCUAUUGAAAAUCGUUUCAAUCAAUUUGCCACUAAUGAUAGGCUCUCAAAGGAAAAAUUUGGAAUCUGCAUUGGAUUGGGAGAUUCAAAGGAAUUUGCAGGAGAAGUUUUUGAUGCAAUGGCCAGGAGAAAACAUAUAGACACAAGAGAAGGGAUAACAAAAGAUGAAUUGAAAAUGUUUUGGGAAGAAAUGACCAGACAGGAUCUUGAUGCAAGAUUACAAAUAUUCUUUGACAUGUGUGACAAGAAUGGCGAUGGAAAGCUAUCAGAAGACGAGGUGAAAGAGGUUAUAUUGUUGAGCGCCUCUGCAAACAAGCUGACAAAUCUCAAACAACGAGCAGCUGCAUAUGCAUCUUUAAUCAUGGAAGAACUGGACCCGGAUCAUCUUGGAUAUAUAGAGAUAUGGCAGCUAGAAAUUCUCCUAAGAGGAAUGGUGAACAAUGAUGACAAUCUAGAUGUUAAGAUGCAAAAAACAACAAGUUCUCUAACAAAAGCAAUGAUCCCAAAAAGAUACAGAACCCCAGUUAGUAAAUUUUGUUCUUUAACUUUAGAAUUUAUGCAUGAGAAUUGGAUGAAGGUUUGGUUUAUUGGUCUGUGGUUAGCCAUAAACCUUUAUCUUGUGGCAUGGAAAUUUGAAGAGUUACAACACGCACCGGUAUUUCAAAUUACCGGUUAUUGUGUUUGUUUAGCGAAGGCUGCAGGAGAAACCCUAAAGUUCAAUAUGGCACUUAUUCUAUUACCUGUUUGUAGAAGAACACUUACUAAGCUUCGAUCAACAUGUCUUAGCAAGAUAAUUCCAUUCGAUGACAACAUCAGUUUUCAUCAGAUAAUUGCACUUGGAAUUGCAAUUGGAACUGCUGUUCAUGUUCUUGCACAUUUGAUUUGUAAUUUCCCAUUAUUGGCUUCUUGUCCUAAACCAAAAUUCAUGCUCCUUCUUGGACCUGCAUUGAAUUAUCAACAACCCACCUAUGGAUCUUUGAUGGUUACUACAGUAGGCAUUACUGGUAUCCUUAUAACUCUUAUAAUGGGAUUUUCCUUCACAUUAGCAACCCAUUCUUUUAGAAGGAAUGUCGUUAAGUUACCCGGAGUUUUUCAUCGUUUGGCCGGAUUCAAUUCCUUCUGGUAUGCACAUCAUUUGCUGAUACUCGCUUAUAUCCUCCUUAUUGCACAUGGCUACUUCCUCAUUUUUCCAAAACCUUGGUAUGGCAAGACGACAUGGAUGUACGUUGCUGGUCCAAUGCUGUUUUAUGCUACUGAAAGAAUAUUUUCAAGAUAUCAAGAACGUAAUCAUCGAGUGGAUGUGAUUAAGGGAGUAAUAUAUACAGGAAAUGUUCUAGCCCUAUACAUCACUAAACCUCAAGGAUUCAAGUACAAAAGUGGAAUGUAUCUUUUUGUCAAGUGUCCAGAUAUAUCAAGUUUUGAAUGGCAUCCCUUCUCUAUCACUUCUGCACCAGGAGAUGAAUUCUUGAGUGUCCAUAUUAGGACUUUGGGAGAUUGGACUACAGAGCUUAAAAACAUAUUUGCUAAGCUUUGUGAGCCCCAACCUCAAGCGCCAAAAAGAGGAAACCUAAUGAGAAUGGAAACUAGAACAUUGUCGAAUUCAAACUAUAAUGAUAUACAAAAAACAUUCCCAAAGAUACUCAUCAAAGGACCAUAUGGAGCACCAGCUCAAAAUUACAGCAAGUAUGACAUUCUCUUGCUUAUAGGUCUAGGAAUUGGAGCAACUCCAUUUAUAAGCAUUGUAAAGGAUCUUCUUUACCACAUAAAGAGAAAUGUGCUUGAUCCAAAUAAAACAUUGGAUUCAACUAAAAAAUGCCCUGAAAGAGCCUACUUUUACUGGGUAACAAGAGAACAAAGCUCAUUUGAAUGGUUCAAGGGUGUCAUGGAUGAUAUUGCAGAUUCUGAUCGAAACAAUAUUAUAGAAAUGCACAACUACUUAACAAGUGUAUAUGAACAAGGAGAUGCAAGGUCUGCACUUAUUGCUAUGGUGCAACAAUUACAACAUGCAAAGAAUGGAAUCGAUAUCGUAUCUCAGAGCCGGAUAAAAACACAUUUUGCGAGACCUAAUUGGAAAAAGGUACUGUCUGAUAUGGCAACUAAACAUCCAUCAACACGAGUAGGUGAGUUUUAA